AUGGCCGCUUCAGUCGAGUUGGUGCAGCCUCUGGACGUGGCCUCAUUGCCCAAGGAGGCCACCCCUGUUCUGGAAUUGAACCCUAUUGACGAAGAGAGGUUCAUCGUCAAGUCGCCAUACACAGAUAAGGAGCAUCUGCUUGACCUGGAUACCCUUUCUCAUGAAGGCGCCAUAGUGGCGAGGGCUUUGCAAACCUUCAAGUCAAUUCGCGAUGACUAUGCCACUGCACCCUAUGUCGAAUCAUUCAACUGGCCUGAAGUCCUCGAUGAGGUGAAGCGCUUGGCUCAGCAAUCCGGAAGGCCGUUCAAGGAGAUUUCUUUCUACAUUGUCGCAUUCCGGUCGCAGAUCAAGCCGAGCACCCAUUAUGGCGACCUUGGCGUGUUGGAUAAGGCUUCUCAUGCUGAAGCCGUUGCCAGUGGAGGCUUCUUGAAAUAUUGGUUUGGUUCGCCUGAUCCUGAACUCAGAAAUCUGGCAACCUGCGUUUGGAGAUCGAGAGAGGACGCAAUGGUCGGUGGUAGAGGACCAGCGCACCGCAAGGCAGUCGGCGCCACCCGAAACUUGUAUGCUUUCUGGAAGAUUGACCAGCACCGACUCACCAUCCGCGACAAUGUGGACGACUGGGUGAUUGAGGACUGGGAGUGAACUAAUGGGCAUUUGACAUCUAGCUAAGCAACUUUGCUUGGCUGCCCAGUCUUAACUUUUGAGAGAGCGAGACAAGGACGAUGUUUUUUUUUUUUUUUUGGAACGAAACGAAGGGACUUUGGAGCAUUCUGGGAUAUGUUUGGGAUUGAAAAGCGUCAUUGCCGGGAGUGCAAUUUUUUCUUUAUGUAUGAUAUCAUGAGGGGCAAGCGAGCAUUGUGUUGGGAUUUCAAAACAAGAAAGAAGCAAUUGGAGGAUAGAGUAGAAAUAGAUUGAAGUAAUACUUGCAUGACUUGACAAAAAGAAAGCGAUUUGCAGUGAGGCGCGAGACGCGAGACGCGCCGGCACAGCCAUGGCAUCAGGACUCCCGAAUGCUUGGUUAAGGCAUGUUGGUUUCUGAACGUUUGUGAGAUGUAAAUCUUGAUGUAUUCGUCUACUUAUGGCUAUUUCUAGAGUGUCGCAAAAGUCAUUUCGAAAGGCGGCGAAUCCCGUGUGAUGCUG